AUGAGCUGCGCCCUGCUCUGGCCGUUGCUCCAGCUCCUGCUCCUACUGCUGUCGGCGCGGGACGGCGUGCGCGCCGCGCAGCCUCAGGCCCCGGGUUACCUGAUUGCAGCUCCCUCUGUUUUUCGCGCGGGCGUGGAGGAAGUCAUCAGCGUGACCAUCUUUAACUCCCCAUGGGAAGUCAUAGUCCAGGCUCAGCUGGUGGCCCAGGGUGAGCCGGUGGUGCAGAGCCAGGGAGCCAUCCUGGAUAAAGGGACAAUCAAACUCAAGGUGCCCACGGGCCUCCGGGGCCAGGCGCUUCUGAAAGUGUGGGGCCGCGGCCGGCAGGCGGAGGAGGAUCCCCUCUUUCACAACCAGACCUCGGUGACCGUGGAUGGCCGGGGUGCCUCCGUGUUCAUCCAGACAGACAAGCCUGUAUACAGACCCCAGCACCGAGUGCUCAUAAGCAUCUUCACCGUCUCCCCAGAUCUGAGGCCUGUCAACGAGAAGCUGGAAGCCUACAUCCAGGACCCCCGAGGCUCUCGGAUGAUAGAGUGGAGACACUUGAAGCCGUUCUGCUGCGGCAUCACCAACCUGAGCUUCCCCUUGUCCGACCAGCCUGUGUUGGGAGAAUGGUUCAUUUUUGCUGAAAUGCAAGGCCACACGUACAACAAGUCUUUUGAAGUUCAGAAGUAUGUGUUGCCCAAGUUCGAGCUCCUGAUUGACCCGCCCCGGUAUAUCCGAGACCUGGACGCCUGUGAGACAGGCACUGUGCGGGCCAGGUAUACCUUUGGGAAACCCGUGGCUGGUGCCUUAACGAUCAACAUGACUGCUAAUGGUGUGGGGUACUACAGCCACGAGGUGGGACGCCCCGUCCUCAGAACAACCAAGAUCCUCGGCUCCCAGGACUUCGACAUCUGCGUGAGGGACAUGAUCCCAGCGGGUCCCGAGCACUUCCGGGGCAGGGUCAGCAUCUGGGCCACAGUGACCAGUGUGGACGGGAGCCAGCAGGUGGCGUUCGACGACUCCACCCCCGUGCAGAGGCAGCUGGUGGACAUCCGGUACUCCAAGGACACGAGGAAGCAGUUCAAGCCGGGCCUGGCCUACGUGGGGAAGGUGGAGCUAUCUUACCCAGAUGGCAGCCCAGCUGAGGGGGUGACGGUCCAGAUUAAGGCAGAGCUGACACCGAAGGAUAACAUCUACACCAGUGAAGCUGUGUCCCAGGGUGGACUGGUGGGGUUUGAAAUCCCCUCCAUCCCCACGUCAGCCCAGCACGUGUGGCUUGAGACCAAGGUGACAGCACUGAAUGGAAAGCCCGUGGGGGCUCAGUACCUGCCCAGCUACCUCUCCCUCGGAAGCUGGUACUCCCCCAGCCAGUGCUACCUGCAGCUACAGCCACCCUCCCACCCACUGCAGGUUGGGGAAGAAGCCGAUUUUUCUGUGAAGUCCACAUGUCCCUGCAACUUUACCCUGUACUACGAGGUGGCUGCGCGGGGCAAUAUUGUGCUAUCGGGCCAGCAGCCUGCCCACGUCACCCAGCAGCGAAGCAAGCGGGCAGCCCCUGCCCUGGAGAAACCGAUUCGUUUAACACACCUUUCUGAGACAGAGCCCCCACCAGCCCCAGCAGCUGAGGUCAAUGUGUGUGUGACCUCUCUUCAUCUGGCCGUGACCCCCAGCAUGGUCCCCCUCGGUCGCCUGCUGGUCUUCUACGUCAGGGAGAAUGGAGAAGGGGUUGCCGACAGCCUUCAAUUUGCAGUUGAGACCUUCUUCGAAAACCAGGUUUCAGUGACGUAUUCAGCAAAUGAGACCCAACCUGGGGAGGUUGUCGACCUGCGGAUCAGGGCUGCAAGGGGCAGCUGUGUGUGUGUCGCCGCAGUUGAUAAGAGUGUCUACCUGCUCAGGUCUCGGUUCCGGCUGACUCCUGCCCAGGUUUUCCAGGAACUGGAAGAUUAUGAUGUUUCUGAUUCCUUUGGCGUGUCCAGGGAGGAUGGUCCUUUUUGGUGGGCUGGGCUGAUGGCCCAACGACGCCGGCGCUCCUCCGUCUUCCCGUGGCCUUGGGGCAUCACCAAGGACUCUGGGUUUGCCUUCACCGAAACGGGACUGGUGGUGAUGACCGACCGAGUGAGCCUGAACCACCGGCAGGAUGGUGGCCUCUACACUGAUGAGGCUGUCCCCGCUUUCCAGCCCCACACAGGGAGCCUGGUGGCAGCAGCUCCUUCCAGGAACCCCCCCAGAACAGAGAAGAGAAAAAGGACUUUCUUCCCUGAAACAUGGAUUUGGUAUUGUCUCAACAUCAGUGACCCAUCUGGUGAGGAGACACUCAGCGUGAAGGUCCCGGACUCCAUCACUAGCUGGGUGGGUGAGGCCACGGCCCUGUCCACCUCUCAGGGCUUAGGCAUCGCCGAGCCUUCCCUGCUGAAGACCUUCAAGCCCUUCUUUGUGGACUUCACGCUCCCCCGUCUCAUCAUCCGUGGGGAGCAAGUCAAGAUCCCGCUCAGUGUCUACAACUACAUGGGCAUCUGUGCUGAGGUGUACAUGAAGCUCUCGGUUCCCAAGGGCAUCCAGUUUGUUGGGCACCCUGGCAAACGCCAUCUGACUAAGAAGAUGUGUGUGGCUCCCGGGGAGGCUGAGCCCAUCUGGGUCGUUCUGUCCUUCAGUGACCUGGGGCUCAACAACAUCACAGCCAAAGCCCUUGCUUACGGAGACACAAAUUGCUGCCGGGAUGGGAGGUCCAGCAAACCCCCGGAGGAGAAUCAUGCUGAUAGGAGGGUCCCCAUCGGGGUGGAUCACGUCAGGCGCAGUGUGAUGGUUGAGGCCGAAGGAGUUCCCCGGGCGUACACCUACAGCGCAUUCUUCUGUCCCAGUGAGAGAGUCCACAUCUCCACCCCCAACAAGUAUGAGUUCCAGUAUGUGCAACGGCCACUGCACCUCACCCGCUUUGAUGUGGCUGUGCGAGCUCACAAUGAUGCCCGUGUGGCCUUGUCUUCUGGGCCCCAGGACACAGCAGGCAUGAUCGAGAUCGUCCUGGGGGGUCAUCAGAACACCAGGUCAUGGAUCUCCACCAGCAAGAUGGGAGAGCCCGUGGCCAGUGCACACACGGCCAAGAUCCUCUCCUGGGAUGAAUUCAGAACAUUCUGGAUCAGCUGGCAUGGUGGCCGUAUCCAGGUUGGCCAUGGUCCAGAGCCGUCCAACGAGUCUGUCAUUGUGGCCUGGACCCUCCCGAGGCCACCAGAGGUCCAGUUCAUUGGCUUUUCCACUGGCUGGGGCUCCAUGGGUGAAUUCCGAAUCUGGAGGAAGAUGGAGGUGGAUGAGAGCUACAGCGAGGCCUUCACCCUGGGGGUCCCACAUGGUGCCAUCCCUGGGUCUGAGCGGGCCGCCGCCUCCAUCAUCGGGGACGUCAUGGGGCCAACCCUGAACCACCUCAACAACCUCCUGCGGCUGCCCUUUGGCUGUGGAGAGCAGAACAUGAUCCACUUUGCUCCCAACAUCUUUGUCUUGAAGUAUCUUCAGAAAACCCAGCAGCUCAGCCCUGAGGUGGAGAGAGAGACCACCGACUACCUAGUACAAGGCUACCAGCGCCAGCUGACCUACAAGCGCCAGGAUGGCUCCUACAGCGCGUUUGGGGAGCGGGACGCAUCGGGGAGCAUGUGGCUCACGGCCUUUGUUCUGAAGUCCUUCGCACAGGCUCGCAGCUUUAUCUUCGUGGACCCCCGGGAGCUGGCUGCCUCCAAGAGCUGGAUCAUCCAACAGCAGCAGGCCGAUGGCUCCUUCCCAGCCGUGGGCAGGGUCCUGAACAAGGACAUCCAGGGUGGGAUCCAUGGCACUGUCCCGCUGACAGCCUACGUGGUGGUUGCUCUCCUGGAAACAGGCACAGCCUCAGAGGAGGAGAGAGGCUCCACUGACAAAGCGAGGCACUUCCUGGAGUCUGCUGCACCCCUGGCCAUGGACCCCUACAGCUGUGCCUUGACUACCUAUGCACUGACCCUGCUCCGCAGCCCGGCAGCCCCUGAGGCACUGCGCAAGCUCCGUAGCCUGGCCAUCAUGAGAGAUGGGGUCACCCACUGGAGCCUGACAAAUUCCUGGGACAUGGACAAGGGCACAUUAUUGAGCUUCGGUGACAGGACCUCUCAGUCAGUGGUCUCGGCCGAGGUGGAAAUGACAGCCUACGCCCUUCUGACAUACACUCUGCUGGGUGACGUGGCCGCCGCCCUGCCUGUGGUGAAGUGGUUGUCCCAGCAGCGAAAUGCACUCGGGGGAUUCUCCUCCACUCAGGACACCUGCGUGGCUCUGCAGGCCUUGGCUGAAUAUGCCAUCUUGUCCUAUGCUGGAGGUAUCAACCUCACUGUCUCCCUGGCCUCCACCAACCUGGACUACCAGGAAACCUUCGAGCUGCACAGGACCAACCAAAAGGUUCUGCAGAUGGCAGCGAUCCCCAGCCUCCCCACGGGGCUGUUUGUGAGCGCCAAGGGGGACGGCUGCUGCCUGAUGCAGAUUGAUGUCACCUACAAUGUGCCUGACCCAGUGGCCAAGCCGGCUUUCCAACUGCUCGUAAGUCUCCAGGAGCCCGAGGCCCAGGGACGCCCGCCCCCCAUGCCUUCCUCCUCAGCUGAGGGUUCCCGAGGAGACAGACCCCCAGCUGACGAUGAUGACCCAGCGGCCGAUCAGCAUCACCAGGAAUACAAGGUGAUGCUGGAGGUGUGCACCAGGUGGCUGCACGCAGGAUCUUCCAAUAUGGCUGUCCUCGAGGUGCCCCUGUUGUCAGGCUUCCGGGCAGACAUCGAGAGUCUGGAGCAGCUGCUCCUUGACAAGCACAUGGGGAUGAAGAGGUAUGAAGUGGCUGGACGCCGAGUGCUCUUCUACUUUGAUGAGAUCCCCAGCCGGUGCCUGACGUGUGUGCGGUUCCGUGCGCUCCGGGAGUGCGUGGUGGGCAGGACGUCGGCGCUGCCAGUCUCCGUGUACGACUACUACGAGCCCGCCUUCGAGGCCACUCGCUUCUACAACGUCAGCGCGCACAGCCCACUCGCCCAGGAACUGUGCGCCGGACCCGCGUGCAACGAGGUGGAGCGCGCCCCUGCCCGGGGCCCGGGCUGGUCCCCCGGCGAAUCGGGCCCUGGGGUGGCCCCUGAGGAGGGGGCGGCGAUCACGCGAUGCGGCUGCGACCACGGCUGCGGCGCCCAGGGAGACCCAGUGUGCGGCUCCGACGGGGUGGUCUACGCCAGCGCCUGCCGCCUUCGGGAGGCAGCCUGCCGCCGGGCCGCGCCUCUGGAACCCGCGCCUCCCAGCUGCUGUGCCCUCGAACAGCCGCUGCCGGCCUCAGUGUCCUCCACCUACGGGGAUGACCUGGCUUCUGUGGCCCCGGGGCAUUUGCAGCAGGACCUGAAGCUGAGUGGAGCUGGCCUUGAGGUGGUGGACUCAGACCCUGAGCCCGAAGGGGAGGUGGAGGACAGUCAGAGCGGCUUCUCUUCCUGACGGCUGCCCUGCUCAGAGCAGGACGACACCAUCUGGCUGCAUCCUGUCCCUAUCCGCCUGUGACUCUGCCUGGUGGGUGGGCAGACCUCGGCCCAGGUGACACCUGCCUCUAAAUGAACCCAAGGAGCAGAAUGGCAGAGAUCUGCCCGUCCCUAGGAUGGGACUCAGGGCCCAGGUGUGGGCUCAGCAGUCACCAGAGUGGUGCAGGGGGCACAACUGGAGGUCCCUUGGGAGACCCCCCGACUUCCUAGCUAUAGCUGGAACUCCAAGCACCCCAAUCCCCCAGCCUUGGAGCUGGGCAUCAUUUUCCUGGGGCCACGGCGGCUCCCACAGCCUGACAUUCUGUUCGCGGGAGAAGAAACGUUCCCAGAAAGCACUUGUGUGGCCAAAAGCUUCUUUCUGAACAAACACAGUGUGGACUAAAUUAGCAAAACAUCCAACCUAUGGGCAACUUCAAAACGGAACAGGCCGCCUUUCUCUGAAACACAAAGCCCUGGCCUCCCUUUGGGGCACCCAGGACCCCGAAUUGCCCUAAGUCUGUCCCAGCUCUCGAACCCUCUGCCUUCGCCCCAGGGGACCUCGGGCUCACAUCACAAGGCCCUGCGGGGAAGCAGGUGACUCUCAGCAAAUGCACUUUCAGCUUCCGGCUGCCCGGGCUGGGUGACCCCAGUGCUUCCUCACUGUGAGUUCCUGAUGUCCCCGUGCCCAGAGGACCAGCCCACUCCCAGGGCCCCCAGGUCCAGAACCUGCCUGCCUUGGGGGGCCCGACCAGCUGCCUGCCACCAGCACCAGCAGACUUUGAUUCCCUUUUGUGACCCCUGGCACCUGCUUAUGUCUGCAUUUGCCCAUCUUCUCCGGGGUGGUAUUUAUUUCAGCCAACACUGCUCAGCCCUGGUCUCUGCCAGCACGGAGGCCCCUCGCUGCCUGAGAGGUCAAGGUCUGAGGCUGCCCUGGCCUGUGAGUUCCCCACCCCUGGCCCCCAUCACCCUACAAAGGACAGGCCCCUUGACUCCUUCCUCAGCCUGAGGCCCGGUGCCCACUUGCUGUAGAGGAUGUUGUAAGAUAAAACCUCAUCUCCAGGGUCAUGGCCAGGCCUCGGCCUCCUGCAGUCAGCGGGAACCUAGAACACAGCACCCAGAGCGCCAGCCCGUUCCACAGAUGGGGCCAGACCCUGGCCCCUUGGAGACGUAGUGGCUGGGUGGUGGGGGCCCACGGGCCAGGGCUCCUGAGCCCCCAUGUCUUCAUCUACAGCCCAGCCUUUCAAAGUGGUGGGGAGGAGGGUUUAUGGAUGUCAAACACCUGCACCCUGAGAUAAUCCUACAACCACAUGGAGUUGUAGGACCACAGCUUGGUCCUGGGGACCGCUCAUACCCACACACCCAGCUUGUGCCUGUGGUUAACAACUCAGAAAACUCUAGUAAAUGAUCACUCGAGGAUAUUGACAUGAAUACACAUCACUGAUCUUACA